UUCUCUAUGGCAAUAGAACUCCAAACCCCUCUAAAGAGCCUGGCUAUCAACAUCCACGGGAAGGAAUCUCCAGGCAGUGAAGAGCUAGAAACAGUGACCCGGUGAUUUCAACAAGGCUCCAGCUGGACCCAGAAAGAACAGGCUCUACCCCAUGGCCCCAAAGAAGAAGCCUGGGGGUGCAGGCCGCCGAGGUGCAGGGGUGACAGGAGCCCCAGGGAGUGUACGUGUGGAUGCCUCAGAGGCAGCAGCACUGAAAGAGCGUUACCAGUUUCUGCAGAGAGAGUUUGCCUCAUUGACAGAACAGCUCGAUACCUAUGAGAAGCGAGUGCAGAAUGUGCUAUUAGAGAAUGAUUUUCUGGACCGCGAAGCUGCCCGGCUACGUGAGGAAAACCGGCAGUAUACAGUUUAUAUGUCCUCACGGGCCCAGCACUUGGCCAACUUCAUCAUUACUCUGGAUGCACAGAACCGUGCAGACCUGGCCCAGGUGCACUCCCAGCAGGCAGAGCUCUCUCAUAUAUAUGAGGGCCGUGAGCAUGCAGUACGUGCCCAACUCACAGAGAUGGAGGCCCGAGCGUCCAACAUGGCAUACCAGGUGGAACUGCUCCAGCCCUUCAAGGACCUACAGCUGGAACAGAUGGCCAGGAUCAAGACCUUGGAACGAGAAUUGUUGCACAUGCGUGUGGAGCACACCCAACUGCUGCACUGCGUGAAAGGGCGCUUCUUGGAGGACAAGGCUGCUUGUGAGCGUGAGGCUCGCCAACAGGUGCAGCUGCUGGUGCGCAGGGCAGAGCGGGAAGCAACUCGCUCCCUCCUCGUCCACAUACAGUCUAUCAAGGCUGAAAACAGGCGUCUGCGGCAAGAGCUCCUUGAGCUCCUGCAACGGACAAAGGUGCUACAAGACAUCAGGCAGGAUCUGCUGGAGCGGAGGAGGAGGCUAAGGCAGGAUCACCAAGAUGCCCAGGACAUGGCCCAGAUCCAUACCUGGCUUCAGCGGGGUCCUGAUGGGCCCCCACUUUGGAACCCCAUUGUGGAUGACUAUAUCUCAGCUUCAUCCUCAUCCUCAAGCCUAAUCAUCUCCACAGCCAAGCCAUCUUUACGUGACUCUUCAUCCUUAUCUGUCUUCUUACCCAGAGACUUACUCAAGCCCGAAGACUCAUCCAAGAUCUCCACCUCACCCAGGACCUCCAUCUCACCCAAGCCCCCAGCCUCACCCAGGACCUCAAUCUCACCCAAGCCCCCAGCCCCACCCAGGACCUCAAUCUCACCCAAGCCCCCAGCCCCACCCAGGACCUCAAUCUCACCCAAGCCCCCAGCCCCACCCAGGACCUCAAUCUCACCCAAGCCCCCGGACUCACCCAAGUACCCAGCCUCACCCAGGGCCUCAAUCUCGCCCAAGUCCCCAGCUUUACCCAAAUCCCCAGCCUCGCCCAAUGCCCCACUCUCACCCAAGUCCUCAGCCUCCUCUAGGCCCCCAGGCUCCACAGAAAAAACUAUAAAACUCAGUGUGCAAGCUGAUAGCUCAGAUGUCCCUUCAUCUAUCCCCACAAUCUCCAUUAUCAAGCCUCCACCAGAUGAAUCUGAGGAACCCUAAAUCCUCUUUAUAGAGCCAUGACAGUUCCCAUGAUAAGUCUAUGAACAUGGAAUCAGAGGCAGGCCCCUGGGCAGGGCUCUGGGGACCAGAGUAGAGGGGAGGGAAGCAAGAAGGGGAGAGUUUCUAAUAAAGGUCUGUGUCAUGUUCCAAA